UGCUGCCUCGUAUAAAAGGGCCCGGAGAAACCCGAGCGCUAAACGCGUCCGAGGCCGAGUCAGGAGAGCGCGCGCGGAGUGGUGGGGAUGCACGAGCUUCACUCGCAGUACGGACAUUACAAAUAAGUCCAGCAGAAUAAUUAUUCACAAGCAGAAAUGACCUGUGUUCAAAGCCAACAUGGAGUCCAGCCUUAUGAGAGCAUGCUCUUCAGCUCAGAGCUUAUGAACCCUGACUUCACCUCCAGGUUGGCCAUGGACGUGAGCGAACAGCGGGAGCAGCUGUCCACAUCCUCUCUGCCGAGCAUCACCUCUCUGAUGGGAGGCUACGGGGGCGAAUUUGAUACCUACUCCUGUCAGCUUGCCACUGCCACUGCCACUGCAUCAACCUGCGCCGGCGCCACCUCGGGCCAGGAUUCCUUCAAGCUGGAUGACCUCCAGGUUUAUGGCUGCUACCCUGGCACAUUCACCUUGAGCUACAUGGACGAUGCACUGUCUACGUCAGGUGGCUCGAACUGUUUCGGCAGCCCCGUCUCGGCUCCCUCACCCUCGACUCCGGGUUUCCAGUCAGUGCCUUCCUGGGAUGGAGCGUAUGGGUCCUGCUCCCCUGAUGCAGGCUGCUGGGGUUCGGAGAAGACGCCUCUUCCUCAGGCCUCUUCCUUUUUCACUUUUGGACCUCUGUCAGGAGAGGACAUGUCUCCUCUGGGGCAGCUGCAGCAACAUCAGCUUCCUGAUCAGGAUCCCUUUUCUCGGAGCCAUCAGAACAGCUUCAGUCCACUCAGGCUGGAUCACAGCAGCAGGGACAGUUCGGUCCUGGUGGACAAUCAGCUGUCUCCCAAAAUCAAGAGUCCAACAGGAAAUGAAGGGUGCUGUGCGGUGUGUGGGGACAACGCCUCCUGCCAGCACUACGGCGUGCGCACCUGUGAGGGCUGCAAGGGCUUCUUUAAGCGUACAGUACAGAAAAAUGCCAAGUACGUAUGCCUAGCUAAUAAAGACUGUCCAGUGGACAAACGGCGGCGGAACAGGUGCCAGUUCUGUCGCUUUCAGAAGUGCCUGACAGUAGGAAUGGUGAAAGAAGUUGUAAGAACAGACAGCCUAAAGGGCAGAAGGGGUCGUUUGCCUUCUAAGCCAAAACCAGUCACAGAAUCAGCGCCUGCCGUGCCUUCUGGGAACAUCAUCCCCUCUCUUGUGAAUGCGCACAUGGACUCAAACCCAGCCAUCGCAAAACUGGACUACUCAAAGUAUCAACAGACAGUGGCUAGCGUGUCUGAAAAGGAGGACGCCAGUGACAUCCAGCAGUUUUACGACCUGCUGACCGAUUCUAUGAGUGUGAUCAGAAAGUGGGCCGAAAGCAUCCCAGGAUUCACCGCCUUCUCUAAGGAGGACCAGGACUUGCUCUUCGAAGCAGCCUUUGUCGAGCUCUUCAUAUUACGACUAGCGUACAGAUCUCACCCAGAGACGGACAACCUGAUCUUCUGCAAUGGUGUGGUUCUUCACCGCAUGCAGUGUGUGCGGGGAUUUGGCGAGUGGAUUGACUCCAUCAUGGAGUUCUCGCAGAGUUUGCAUCGUCUGAACCUGGACGUGGCGUCGUUCUGCUGUCUCGCCACGCUAGUCAUCAUAACUGAUCGGCACGGCCUGAAGGAGCCCAAACGGGUGGAGGAUUUCCAGAACCAUCUGAUAACGUGCCUCAAAGACCACGUUGCCACAAGUGUCACAGAAGCGGCACGUCCCAACUACCUGUCCCGGCUGCUGGGGAAACUGCCCGAGCUCAGGACACUGUGUACUCAAGGCUUUCAGCGCAUCUUCUACCUUAAACUAGAAGACCUUGUCCCGCCUCCUCCGAUUGUGGAGAAGAUCUUCAUGGACACGUUGCCUUUCUGAAUCUGACUGCGAUGCUAUUUAAAGAUACGAUUUUAAUAAAGACUUGGACUUGAUGUGAACAAAAGCACAGCAGAGCAGAGAAGAGAUUUAGAAGCACUUGUCUAAACCUGGCAGCUCUGUUUUCUUUUAGGCGUACGACUAUGAUCUUCUCAACAGGAGUCAGAAGGACGUUCAGUGAACAUUCUGGGAAAUCUUGCAGCAAAAAAAAAAAAAAAAGCCUCACCAAGUCUCCCUAAGUUUCUUCAACCCCAUAUUUUGGUUCGCACUUUUGGAAUUGUGGCUUUUUUUGUGAACUUAAAUGACAAAAAUCAGUGAUUUUGUGCAUCUUAACAAUUGAACAUCAAAACCUCUCACUUAAACAGUAUUAGAGCUUUAUAACUUCAGGACAUACAUGAUAUGAUGAUACUGAUGUCAACAACAUCCAGAGAACUCAAUGGUGCUUUAAUAACACACCUGUGGAUUAUUUAAAAAAAAAAAAAAAAAAAAAAAAAAGGCCAUGGACCAAAACUGAUAUUGUUUACGUGGUUGUACAAAAUGACUAAAUAAAGCCUUAUAUAUCCAUCCACCAUAACAUCUGAGACUGAAAUUCAAUAGGAGCACAGAAAGAAUGUGAAUACAAUCGAAAAAUCAUAUUAACUACUGUUAGAAUCAGAUGUAUAUGCCUGCCAUGUGCCAUGCUGAAAACACAAGACACGCCUUCUAGACAGUUCUACAUUUGAUGUACACUGAAGUUUACUCUUUACUUGGAUUAAAAGCAUCCUGUUUUCUGGCAUACAGAUUCACAUCUCUGAGUGAUGAUAAUGAUGAUACAUUUCCAUCUAAACAUUUCUAAAGAUGUCCAGUGAUUUUCUGGUGUUUUCUUGCAAACCAUUUAAUUCUGAGUAUUAUCAUGGACUGAAGAAUUUGUUUAGCGUGCCAGCCAGACUUUAGCGUAUACAUAUUUGUAUGUACUGUAUGUAUAGAGAUGGCUUGAUAUGCUAUAUAUUUUUGUCUUUAUACUGGCAUAGUGAAAAUGUCUGGGCAUUAUUGUGUUUUUUAUAUAAUAUUUUUGAUAUUCUUAGAUAUUUGCUGUCUUUCAUUACUAAUAUUGUUCAGCACUAUACAUUAAAAUGAUGAAAAAUCA